UUUUCAUUUACAGCAUGAUACGAAAAUUACCUACAUUUUAUUUUAAUUACUUACAUUUAUGAAUUAUUUUGAGAAAAUCUUAAGUCCUUUAGUGGAGUCCAUUUAUCUACACAUGGAAAAUGAUGCAAUAUAUCUAGCUUCCGACAUCCUUGUGGCUUACAGUGGCACAGCUGGGCGCUGACGUACUUGAGCAUCCUCUGUUGAACGGCGAUCAAUACCGCGUUAUCAACGCUGUGUGGGUGUUUACUUGCGCGUAGUGCUAUUACGAGACCCUAACGAAAUCGUCGCGCCUUACACAACUUUUCUGGUGUGUUUUUAAGAAAUGUAAACCAAAAUGCCGUUGCCGGAGCUCAUAAAACGUGCAUCGAGCUAUUUUCUCGGGCUCGAGUUCGACGACAACGAGGAGCCACCGGAAUACGUCAACAAUGAAAUAUUGUUUUGCAAGAACAACGUAUGCGUUCAUCCGCCGACUGUUGCGAGACACGAGUUGGAUAUAAUACACCAUCCGGGCUAUCUAACCGUCACGACCAAAGUGUUCACGGAUCAACACAAUAACGCAAAACGACCCACUUUAUUCCUGAACUGGAUACCUAAUACCACGCUCAAAAGGUGUCCUUCGGCCGUCGAAACCAGUCCGAGCGAUGAAUACGGGUACGGAAAUAAAAAAACGUAUCCGCGGGAUAUUCCCGCUAACAAAACAGAUAACAAACCCAACAAAAAGUAUGCAAAUCACGAGAACGCAUUUUCCGAUUCCUCGGAGACGACAAGUUUGAAUUCAAAUUCGGAUAAACAAAGCGUAAAGUCCAGCGACACAAGGUGCACGCAAAAUGAUUCCACACACAAAGAAUUGACUACCAGCUCAAAACCGACUGUGAAAUCUAUUGAGGGAACGAAAAAUGCUUAUUAUACAUCUGUUGAUAACGAUGACAAGGAGCAUUACGAGUUUAAUCAGCACACGCGUUCGCAAUCUAUGACCUCGGUCAAUAUAACAAUUGCAAACCCAAAUAUUGAGAACGUUGAUCUGACGCCUGACUCUGUGUCCAACAGUUUCAUGAGGUCGUUAUCACUUAGCUCCUGUGACGAAGGCAAUCCUAAUUGGAUGAGCACUCCAGAAUUCCUUGCGUUGAAGCAUAAUUUAGUUUUUCCAGACAGCGUACAAAGCUCUCCAGUACCGCAGAGACGAGAACCCUUGAAAUGUAGAAGAUUUUCUGUGGACUUGAGUCAGAUGCGUUCUCUACGGCUAUUCUUCAAUGACGAUGACUGUACUUGUGGGCAGCUUGUGGUCGCGUCAAGGGAAUCUCAGUACAAAAUCCUUCACUUCCACCACGGUGGGCUGGAUCACUUAGCGCAGGUGUUACACAGAUGGCAUUCUUUGUUGCAUAACAUCAAACUAACACCAGGCUCAGAAGAACAAAAUCUUCCCUACCGACAUUUUAUGGUAUGUCGACCUGAAGUACAAAAGUCCGAACAGCAUCCAGAAGAAGGAAAAGUUCCUAAAAUCACCCCAGAACUCUUCUACGGGAAGAUAAUGAACGCGAAAGGUGUUAUAGAAGAUGACCUAUUUCUGAGAAAGUGUAUCUUCUUUGGCGGGCUGGAUAAGGAGUUGAGAAGGGAAGUCUGGCCUUUCCUCCUACAUUGCUACCCAUACAAUUCUACUUAUGACGAGCGAGAGAUAAUUCUCCAGAUAAGAACGAGAGAAUAUGAUGAAAUAACGAAGAGAAGGUUAGAACGAAUGACGCCUGAGCAACAUGCUGUCUUCUGGAAAAACGUACAAAGUGUGAUUGAAAAAGAUGUUGUUAGAACCGACAGAGGAAAUCCUUUCUUCGCUGGUGAUAAUAAUUACAAUAUAGAGAUAAUGAAGAAUAUUUUACUAAAUUAUGCUGUUUAUAAUCCAGUCUUAGGGUACACACAAGGCAUGAGUGAUCUUUUGGCGCCCGUUCUGUGCGAGAUCAAAUGUGAGGCGGAGGCUUUUUGGUGCUUCGUCGGUCUCAUGCAGCGGGCCAUUUUCGUAUGUACUCCCACAGACAACGAUAUGGACAAUAAUUUGUGCUACCUUCGUGAAUUGAUAAGGAUAAUGUUGCCGAAUUUCUACAAGCACUUAGAGAAACAUAUCGAUGCGAUGGAACUUCUGUUUUGUCAUAGGUGGAUUUUGUUGUGUUUCAAACGAGAAUUUACCGAGCCAGUGGCGUUACGGAUGUGGGAAGCGUGCUGGUCCAACUACCAGACCGACUACUUCCAUCUGUUUCUAUGUCUGGCUAUUGUGGCUGUAUAUGCCGAAGACGUGAUAGCGCAAGACCUCAACACAGACGAAAUGCUGCUGCACUUUAGCUCGUUAGCCAUGUACAUGGACGGAAGGAUGAUCCUGCGUAAGGCGCGAGGUCUGGUAUACCAGUUCCGCCAGCUGGUCAGGAUUCCCUGCACCCUGGCUGGUAUGUGUCAACGUUGUGGCCCUGGUAUAUGGGACUCUACCCAUCGACCCAGCGUCGAAUGCACCGGCGCGCAUGACUUCUGUGAAUAUGCUGUACAAUAAAAUAUGUAUACAAAUCUCCGUUGUACCUGCUAAUUUCGAUGUGCUCAAAAUGAAUUUUCAUAGUAAAAUUGCCAAUGUUUUAAAAUCAAGAAUUAAUAAGGAACAAGUAACGAUUUUUGUGAAACAUUUAUUUUUUAAAAAAAAGUUAAAAAAAAACAGUCUUCGAAAGCGGUAAUUAAUUUUACAACGAAAAAUUAUAAUUUUUAAAUGUAAUAUUGACCAAAACAUGUUCGGCAGAGGCAUAGUACAAUUAUAGAGAAAAUAUACACACACUAAACAUGUAUGUCUACGUCUAGUCUCUACUCUUUGGUACAUUCUUGUACCGUUGUAACUGGAAUAUUAAAAUCGAGCGCAAAAUAUAUUUAUUUAUUUAAGUUCUUAGAGAUUACUUACAAAGAUUGAGAAAGAAAUUUAAUAUCAGUAUUAAAUUUUAACAAAUGACAAUUCAUACGUUGAAGAGACAAUUUAAAUGUAGGUUUAUAAAUAUUAAUUAUUAUGAUGUUGGUAAAUCUGCAUAAUGUUACUGUUGAAACAGAUCAUUAGUUUGUUUUUAUACAACUAAUUUCGUAAGGAAAGACGAUAACCAAUCUAAUUUUCAUAAUAUUCAGGAGAUCAUAACAUGUGUGUUACAUAAUAUUUUUGGAUGAGAAAAAGUUAAAGCUGUAUUCAAAAAAUAUGUUUUAUUUAGUGUAGACAUUUCAUAUUAGGCUAUACAUAUCAUAGCAGUGAUGAGUGACGCGACGGCUAUAUUAUAUCAUAAUAAUAUUACUACAUAAUAUAUCUAAUGCUAUAAUAUUAUACGCUGUAAUGGAGCGAUGGCGUUAGUACUUACUACGUUAAACAUUUUUGAGCCAAGCAAAGAUGAAUAAAGCUUAGGCCAAACAUACGCAACCAGGCGACUGCGAAAC